CGGGUGGUGGAGAUCCAGUCGCAGAUGUCAGAGCGGGCUGUGGAGCUGCUGGGACUGCCUGACGACCGGCCGUGCCUCCUCCUGGAUGUGGGCUGCGGCUCUGGCCUGAGCGGGGAUUACAUCUCCGACGCGGGUCACUACUGGAUUGGCAUGGACAUCAGCCCUGCCAUGCUGGAUGUGGCUGUGGAGAGGGAGGUGGAAGGAGACCUUCUCCUUGCAGAUGUGGGUCACGGCAUUCCCUUCAGGCCUGGCAUGUUUGAUGGCUGUAUCAGCAUUUCUGCAGUGCAGUGGCUUUGUAACGCUGAUAAGAAAUCACACAGCCCUCCAAAACGCCUGUAUCGAUUCUUCUCGACUCUCUAUACUGCCUUGGCCCGAGGAUCCCGAGCCGUCCUGCAGCUGUACCCCGAGAACUCAGAACAGCUGGAGCUCAUCACGGCCCAAGCCAUGAGGGCUGGCUUCACCGGGGGAAUGGUGAUAGACUACCCCAACAGCGCCAAAGCCAAGAAGUUCUUCCUGUGUCUCUUUGUUGGGACAUGUGGCACGUUACCAAAGGGCCUUGGUACUGAGUGUGCUGCUGGAGAAGAGGUACACCAGGCAAAGUUCACCAACGAGAGAACACGGUUCAGAAACAUCAAAGGCAAGUCUGUGAAGAAAAGCCGGGACUGGAUCCUUGAGAAGAAGGAGCGGAGACGACGACAGGGCAAGGAAGUGCGAGCAGACACGAAAUACACGGGGCGAAAGCGCCGCCCUCGCUUCUGA